GUUUUCAAUAAAACAAUUAUUCUACUCGAGUUUGUUGGACACGAGCUGAUUAUAGCCCACGCGCUCGUGGAAUAAUUGUUAAAUAGCCUCCAGAGUCCUUUAUUUGUCCGUCAAAAUAUUUCAUUGAAAGUACCUAAUUCACAAAUAAAGGACUUGCCUAAUAAGACAACUUUAACCAGACUGAAUACAAGAUUAACAAGAAUGUUGUUGGAAAAUUAGUAGACAUUUUCAUAAAAGAUAUAUAAGCCUAAGUUUUAAAUAUGCUGUGGGAGCGGAAUAUAUCGCUAUGAAUUGAAAGGACUCUAAGCAUCCACGGAAACACCCACGUUCGACUCGCAUGUAAUUUCCACAGCUAAAGUUUCAGUUUCUCGUUCUCCUUAUAAUCCAUUCGUGUGUUGCCGUAGUCUAAAAUUCAUACGCUACAACCGGGUUCUUUCUUGAAGGUCUGUUUUGGAAGGUGAAAGCCUUCCUUGGUGCAUGGUAUUCUUAAUCAAAGGACGUUUGAGCACGUAUAGUCUGAUUUGUGGCACCAAGCUGUUCGAUCUGUUUCGGGAUGCUAUUCGCUUUUGUCAUCAGUCCAGUUUCUAACAUAAGCAUCUACAUCGAAACAUGUGGUUAAUUCCUUCCGUUUUGCUGAAAAUACAGCAGCUUACCAACAGUACGAUUGGUACAUUGGGCAAUUUAUUUUACUCGAAUGGAGCAGCUGCCUCGGAUCUCUGUCUUUUAUAUUUACCGCUACACAAUUAUUAUUUUAAAAAAUUAAGAAAAAGAUGCGUCAAUGGUAUAGCCCAAGACACGAUACACGAAGCUAACAACUUGGUUUAGUCUCAACAGGCAACCAUUUGGUUCUACGAUGUUCGUUCCUAAAGUACAUGUGUUUUGUGUGCAGUUACUAUUUAAUGAACAUUUUGCAACAUGGUCAGAUUUUCAGAACUAUUUCAUUUAUUUCGAUUACUUUAGCUUUUCAUAUGCGGAUGAUAACUAAUUUCUACAAACAGAAAUCAAUAAUUUGUAAUCGUAUAAAUUGUGUUUUCUUUAAUUUCCAUAAACAUUUAAAAAUGUGCACUGCAUAAGUAUUCACAAACUCAGUGACGAUUAAAUUAACUACCGCGGAGGAACGAAAAUAGAGAGCGCGAAGGUAACGCCGUUUGUCUCGUAUGCUGGUUGAAAUACGCAUCAUAAAUCUGUAGUUCCUAAGCAGAACAAAAGACGAGGCCAAGCUGAUCAUGAAACGUAGAAUCAAUUUUAAAAAUCUGUAAUAAUCGUAAGCUUAAAAAGGAUUUCCGUCAAAUUCAUAAGAUGAUUGAAGAAGCCCUAGCCAAAGCCAUAGCCGAAAAACACAGCACAUACAUGCAAAGGUAAGAGGUUGGCUUAAUUGAAAUUUUUACUAGAAGGAAACUUUUUGGCCAUAGUUGUAAUCAAUUUGGCUUUACAGACAUGGUAUAUAGGUUGACGUGCAAAAUAUUUCUUGAAAUCUGUUAUUAGACAAAUUGCUACUUUGCGAAGCAAUACCCGGACUUUUUCAAUUUAGUAGGUGGGAGCUCUGAGCAAACAAGAAGUUUGAUUUUAAAUGACACGUUUUUCCACUGCGGAUUUAAAUUGCCUUUACUAUGUUUUCCGAGUAUUCUUGCUCACAAAUUUGAGCGUCUGAUCUAUUCGGACUAAUAAAUUAAGUGCUUAGUUUGAUUUUCACUAUUUUUAUAACAGAAACUUCGAAUUGACCACAUUUCUCAGUAAACUGAUCUAUGAGAAACCUGAACCACUCGGUGAAAAACAAAUUCGAAGUCCAUCACGCGAAACGAAGGUCGUGAAUUGAUUCGUAGGUUAUUUGUGGAAACACUGAACGUUUCUAUUUAUUUGUUUUGUCGAAUAAAUUCAGUAUGAUAUAUUACUAAAUAUCUUAAACACGAUUUUUUUUAACAGAUAAGCCCGAAAAUUGCCAUGACAAAGGUGACAUUUAUAUAACACUGAGCGUUUAUGUGAGAAUUCUGAUUUUACAAAAACAUGAUCAUUCCUGAAAAUGCAUUUUUUUGGGGGGUGAAACAAGCCAUUAGUUUCUAUUAAGCUAAACAGCCCUUUCUUUCCGGUCAAAUUGGACAAUUUUACAAUUUCGACGAGUUUUGUUCGUAACCUAAUUUUUUUUUAAUAAAAUAGCACUUUACGUUAUUCAUGAGAUGUGCACUGUUGCAUAAUUAAAUCACCUUCUGCAAGAAAUAAAUUUAUACCAGAACCAAAGCUAUAAUUUUGAGUGAAUUAGUGAUCAACAUCUAUGAAAGCAUGCAAAUUAGACAGCCUUAGCAACUACUUUGCUGCCAUCCGUUGUUAUGCAUAUGUAUUUGAACCUGUCGUAACCACAUAGGCGCGCACGCUUAGUACUGUCCGUGGUGAGAAUCCCAUUGACAUUGUUUUUUUUUAUGAGCUUGGUAAAGGGAUCUUUGCCUCGAUUGAUAAUUCGCGUCGUAAACUUCCAUUACUUGUGUGCAUUUAGCUAAAAUGUGAAAACUUGUCAAUGGUAAAUACUCAAGAAGAGAAUAAUGCACCUUCAGUAUGUAAACACUAUAUGAAAGAUUUCAUUAGCUAAAUGACCAGCUCAGGUUCAUAUUUACCGCCCUCAUUGAUUUUUGCCGCUUAUAGCUACCACUGCCCCGAAAUACACGCACAAAAAAAAAACAACAACAACACCAAAAAAUUCGCAAGAAAGCCGGUUUGAUUUUUUGUCACUAAAUGCAUAAUUGAUUAUUAUAAGUUCUAAAGAUGUGAUCACUAAAUUGAUUGUGGGGAAUCGUUUAAAUGCAAAAAAGUAAAAUUAAGUCAUUUUAUAUACCCGUCUUAUCAUUGCAAUGCCGAUUGUCGUUUAAGGCUCUGGAUUCUAUCACUUGAAUGUAUUAAAAAAACACACAGACACAUUUAACGAGAAGGUUUAAAAAAAGCGUCUCUGUACUGGUGUGAGAUUUCUUCGGAUGUCAACAACUAAAAUAAACAUCGCUAAGCUCUUAUGUUCUCUUUUUCCAUCUUUUUUUCUUUUUGUUCCUGACUAAUUAUAACUUUUUUUAUUUGGUAGUAAGGCCUUCAAAAAUUCUUGUUUAGGAUAUAUAUAUAUACCUGCACAAAAUCUUGCAUGCAAUGGAAACACAAGACACAAGAUAUUUUCACGACUUGACACAAUUUGUACGCAUGCGCACAGCCAAUUUUUAGCUGUGCAGCCCAGCUGAAUAAUCCUGCUUGUUAAAACCAGUCAGUGCGGAUGUUUUGGUAAAUCUCUAGAUCCCUUGAGGAAUCAAUCGAAAUCAUGUCGUACUAACUACGACAAAAUCCUUUAGCAGAAGUGCAUUCUCAGUUAUGAGUUCAAGCAAAAUUCAACAUAUUAAAUUUCAGUAGAGCCGCUUAUAUGACUCCAAUUUCCUUUUGGCAAUUUCCAAUCAUUUCCAUUAGGACAAGGCUGUCAGGGUUCCAUUCUGGCUGAACAAAAACUUUGCCUUAUAAAAGCGUGAAAUAACACAAAACGACGUGAACGUUUAGUAAUGUUUUCCCUAUAUGUUUCCGUAACCAAGAAACGUCCCUUCUUUGUCCAUCCAAGCUGUCUUCGGUUACCUCUCCAAAAGCAAGUCAAAGUACAAAAAAAUUUAUGUGAUAAUGUAGAAGCAAUAAUGUGUGAAAGAAAAACUGUUGGCUUGUAAAACAUCCUUGUCGAUAAUAUAGCCUUUGCGUGUCAACAUUUUGUUAUACCUGCCACGCCAUAACUUGUUCGUUUAGUAGUUACGUUUUAUUAAUGUUGGUGACGUAAAUCACUGACACUAUAGGGAUGGAAUAAAGGCUAGAUUGUUAAUAUAUAAAACGGUCGUGAGCGAGCACAAAAUUCUGAUGUUUCUCGUUUGAAAGUCAAAUCAUGGCAACGUUUACAGCAUUGAUUGAUCGUGACUAACAUUAGAAGGCGUAAAAGGCAAUAACAUUUCCAAAUAAUAUCACACUGAAAAGGGCGACACAAUUAAAUUUCAUCUCGUGGCUUUUUUCUGAGGAGUGGCUCAGUGUGUGGUGAAUUGUGUGAGGACAAAAAUCCAAUAACGAAAGAGAUUUGUUAGUCCGCGUGAAACAAAUCACGGUACAUCGGGGUGAUAAGCGCACCGCACUCGGUUCGGAUAUUAAACACUCGUCGAAGACCGGAUUGUGAAAAAUCAGUUUCAGAAGAUUCAACGCUCAAGAAGACUAAACCGCGACUAGAGGACCUGAAAACGUACAAUAAAAAUGUUCAACAAUUCCAAUGGAACAGUGGCAAAUGCAACAAACUCCACUGUUGCUCCACCGUCACAGUCCUUUAUUCCUGUGAGUAUCAAGAUCGGCAUGACGACAGCAUAUGUAGUGAUUUUUAUUAUUGCUCUAUUCGGCAAUACCUUUGGCUUGUUCGUGGUGUUGAAGAAGUCCUCUCGAUCUACCAGCGUCACGAAUCUGUUCAUCGCGAACAUGGCCGUUGCAGAUCUCCUUUUAACUUUCACAGUUAUGCCGUUCCAAGUGAGCUUCUACUACCGUGGAACCGCCUGGAUUGGAGGAAUACUGGGUGACAUAACAUGCAAGGCUUUAUUUUACCUCAUCCCAGUUUCAAUAGCGGCGACUGUUUUAACAAUGAUGCUCAUUUCAUUCGAUAGGUUUUAUGCGAUAUUCUAUCCUUUAAGAGAAAAGAUCUUCCGAAAGCCGAAAAUCUUGUCAUGCACCAUCUGGAUCCUGUCUUUUGUGUUGAUGUUGCCAUAUCCUAUGUUGUUUCAAGUUCGGUUUAAUUCAGAUCUAAACGUGGAUCAAUGUAUACAAGUUUGGCCCUGGGAAGAUCCAAACGAUACAACCCAUGCGGAAACUUAUCGCGUCCUCAAGAUCUUCCACAGCACCGUUUUCGUUCUACUUUACGCACUGCCACUUUCUAUAACUAUUGUCAUCUACUUCUUAAUUUGCCGGAAACUAUGGCUUCGGAAAAUCCCUGGAAACCUAACAGAUGGUAAUCGCGCCGCGGCUGAAAAAUCGAAACGCAAAGUUGUGCGACUGCUGGUCGUCAUUGUCGUGAUAUUUGCAUUGUGUUGGUUCCCGAACUAUGUCAAUCACUACUUUUGGUUCGUACGACCUGAUCUAUAUCUAAAGGGCAUGUUACCCCUUGAAGUGGAAUUCUUCAACAUCUGGAUAGGACAUGCAAACAGCGCAAUAAACCCAUGUGUCUAUAUCCUGCUUAAUGCUAAGUUUCGCAAGGAACUUGUCGUGAUGCUUGCUUGUUGCCCUUGUCUUCGGGAUUACAGCGAAAAGUUGUCUCGUUUCUUGUCCUCAAACAAUGACUGCAAUGAUAACAGUUUUACAACAGGCGGCACCAUGUGGAAAAUGAUGUCUUUUGGUCGAGUUACAGCGUACACCUUACCGUGUAGCCCCACGGGAAAUGAAAGAGGACGCACGAAUCUCUCUCUGUCGUGGAUGAGUGUCAGAGAAAAUGGUCCGAAGGAGGAAAAACAGAGUGAUAAUGCAACGUUUACCACCGCUGACACGGGAGCAGAAACACCCUCAGCUUAGUGACGCGUCGCGCGUUCACCCUUUAACUGCAAGGAUAGUUGUUUCUGCGCAUUACAGAACAGUUUCCGUCAUGCUUUUCAAGAGAUAGAGAGGCGUGGCACAGAUUUCAAAAAGCUGAGUAGUCGAUUCGACAAUUGGUUCAUGUUUUCACUUCCAACUUGGAACACUAUUCCGGAAUGGCCCAUGCAUGACAACUGGUUGAUACACAGUGUACUCCUCUUUCCGCCUUUUGAACCUUACUAACCGCUACAGUUUCAAUAGGCCAACAUUUACGUACUGUAUAGGUUUCCUGUCUUAGAAACAUCCAGAAAAUAGACGUUUGGACAUUUGAGUAGUCGGACACAUGAUCAGAAACGAAUUCUGUAGACCAUGAACGGAGGAUACUCGAGUAAAAUAUCGAGCCGAGAGAUACUAUCAGUACAUAUAAAUUAUGUAUCAUCGGAAAAUAUGUAUACGAAUCAUUCUGUCACAUUUCAAAGAACUGUACUGUAGGCAAUAAGGUAAGAAAUUAUUCUAGCCCUGUCCACAUAUCUCGCGUAUAGCCUGCCUCAAAGGGAACAAAGUUUUUGGCAGACUGCAUACCCUUUGAGUUUAAUUGUCGUAGUUUUCAUAAUUGCAAUCGGAGUACAGUUGGACUCCGCUAAUUCGAACUCGGUUUUUUCGAAUUCCCCGUAAUUUCGAACUCAAAGCCAUUUCCCUUGGAUUUGCCUUUCAGUCAUUUACUAUCGACUAUUUCGAACUAUUUUUCGUUUCCCCCGAGAGUUCGAAAUAGCGGGGUUCAACGUUACUGGAAUUCACUUAAUAUUGACAGAUUUUGUUUUCCUAUACAGUUGAACCCAGCUAUUCAAACUCGGAUAUUUCCCUUGGAUUUGCCCUUCAGUCAUUUACUAUCGGGUAUUUCGAACUAUUUUUCGUUUCCUCUGAGAGUUCGAAAUACCUGGCUUCAACUGUAUUUAGUAUCAGGGAGUUGGGGGGUUAAAGGGGGAGGGGAGAGAGAGAGUGUGUGUGUGUGUGUGUNGGGGGGGGUAGGAAACCCUUAUCCUAAGAGGCCAGACAGCACUACACCACUGAAAUAAGCUAUACUCGCAAAUGGAUAAUAUUAAUAUUCAUAUUAUUAUUAAUUUUGCCACAAGCACUUCAAUUGACGAGCCUCUUAAAUUAAGAUGUAAAUUAAACAAACUCUCAGAACAGUAGAGUAUAUGCGAAUGAAUUUUUUCUUGAUCAAAACUGAUUCUGACAUGUACAUACUUCUACAUAUUAUGUACAUACUUUACAGCGGAUAAAUUCUGUCAGCAACACCGCGAUAUGAUAUGUUUAGUCAUGUUAGCAAUGUAUAAAAUGACUUUCAAAUCAAAGAAAAUCUCAUAGUAAUUAACUCCAUGGUCAAGUGUGGACCAAGAUGAAAAAAAAAACCAGUUAGUUAAUAAGUGAGCACCAGUAAAAACUAAAAGGAAUGAAUGGGUCGAAAUUGGAAGACUGGGCCAGGACACAGUUAAGAACGCGAAGAAUUGGGAGUGUGCCCAAGAGGAGGCAUUCACUCCAUUCACUAUAUCUUAACUGAAACCAACAACAGGACCGUUGAUUUAGCCAGAUUAAAUUAGGACAUCGCAGGGUUCAUUAAGAUGCCCCUUAUAAAUAUUUUACGAAAUAGUGAGUUAAAUAAACGGAUGUAAGUUACAACCUUUUAGUGAAUUUAAGAAAUUAUGUUUCAUGGAGUGGCUUCUGAGUCAUAAAUCACCCGUCGUCUAUUAGCGAGGAUAACGUCCAAAUAAUGAUGAGUUAAUGUGGUUUCUUCCUGUCUCCGAAACUGUAAAAUAUUGAUAAUGUAAGAUAAUGUAACUUAUUAUUAACUGUGAAUAAUAAAGAAGUAUGAUAAGGUGCAUAAAA